AUGAUGGGGGUGCCUACGGUUUUCACAGACCAUUCGUUGUUUGGUUUCGCUGACGCUUCCAGCAUCAUCAUGAACAAGUUGCUUCAGCUCGUUCUGACUAACGCUUCGAAUGUCAUUUGUGUUUCUCACACAAGCAAAGAAAAUACGGUGCUACGAGCUGAUCUGUCUCCCAGCAAGGUGUACGUGAUUCCAAACGCAUUCGACUGCGACCUUUUCAGCGCACCGAAAACUCGUCGCGGUGGGGAACAAAUCAACAUUGUGAUAAUUGGAAGAUUGGUCUACCGAAAAGGAGUUGACUUGCUGGCCUCUGUAAUUCCGGAAGUAUGUAACCAACACCCGGAAGUGAACUUCAUCAUUGGCGGCGAUGGGUCGAAACGCAUACUUCUGGAAGAGAUGAGAGAACGGCACGGCCUUCAGGAACGCGUGACCAUGCUCGGAUUUGUCCCUUACAACUAUGUUCGAAAUGUAAGCUUUCCUGAAUAUGAACUAAACACAGGUAAAUUCUCGCCUUCAUGCAUUGUAUUAGGUACUCAUUCGCGGCCAGAUUUUCUUAAAUACGUCGUUGACAGAAGCAUUUUGCAUGACUAUACUAGAGGCUGUCAGUUGUGGGUAAGUUAUGCUAGUCAAAUUUUCAGGUAUUUCGUAUUUUCCGUGAUCUGAGG